AUGGCUGGCCUGGCCGGCAACAGAAUAGACCAAGCCAACCAUACAAGGCUGUCCAUGGCUGGCCUGGCCGGCAACAGAAUAGACCAAGCCAACCAUACAAGGCUGUCCAUGGCUGGCCUGGCCGGCAACAGAAUAGACCAAGCCAACCAUACACGGCUGUCAAUGGCUGGCCUGGCCGGCAACAGAAUAGACCAAGCCAACCAUACAAGGCUGUCCAUGGCUGGCCUGGCCGGCAACAGAAUAGACCAAGCCAACCAUACAAGGCUGUCCAUGGCUGGCCUGGGUGGCAACAGAAUAGACCAAGCCAACCAUACAAGGCUGUCCAUGGCUGGCAUGGCUGGCAACAGAAUAGACCAAGCCAACCAUACAAGGCGGUCCAUGGCUGGCCUGGCCCGCAACAGAAUAGACCAAGCCAACCAUACAAGGCUGUCCAUGGCUGGCCUGGCCGGCAACAGAAUAGACCAAGCCAACCAUACAAGGCUGUCCAUGGCUGGCCUGGCCGGCAACAGAAUAGACCAAGCCAACCAUGCAAGGCUGUCCAUGGCUGGCCUGGGUGGCAACAGAAUAGACCAAGCCAACCAUACAAGGCUGUCCAUGGCUGGCCUGGCUGGCAACAGAAUAGACCAAGCCAACCAUACAAGGCUGUCCAUGGCUGGCCUGGCCGGCAACAGAAUAGACCAAGCCAACCAUACAAGGCUGUCCAUGGCUGGCCUGGCCGGCAACAGAAUAGACCAAGCCAACCAUACAAGGCUGUCCAUGGCUGGCCUGGCUGGCAACAGAAUAGACCAAGCCAACCAUACAAGGCUGUCCAUGGCUGGCCUGGCUGGCAACAGAAUAGACCAAGCCAACCAUACAAGGCUGUCCAUGGCUGGCCUGGCUGGCAACAGAAUAGACCAAGCCAACCAUACAAGGCUGUACAUGGCUGGCCUGGCCCUCAACAGAAUAGACCAAGCCAACCAUACAAGGCUGUCCAUGGCUGGCCUGGCCGGCAACAGAAUAGACCAAGCAAACCAUACAAGGCUGUCCAUGGCUGGCCUGGACGGCAACAGAAUAGACCAAGCCAACCAUACAAGGCUGUCCAUGGCUGGCCUGGCCCUCAACAGAAUAGACCAAGCCAACCACACAAGGCUGUCCAUGGCUGGCCUGGCCGGUUAA